UAACCCCGCCUCCAGAAUGAAGCCCGCUGAACGCCACUGAUGAGACUCUUUCAGUACAGGAAAGGCAGAGAAGAUGAUGAUGCAGUGGCUUAAUUCAUUAUUUUUCAUCUGGAUUCACUGUCAGAUGUGCAGGACAGAGUUUGAGCUGACUUUACUCCACACUAAUGAUGUCCACGCACGAGUGGAGGAGACCAACAAAGACUCGGGUAAAUGUAGUAAAGCGCCUUGUUUCGCCGGAGUUGCACGGAGAUUUACGAAAAUCAAAGAAGUUCGUGCCAAGGAGAAAAAUGUUCUGCUGUUGGACGCGGGUGAUCAGUUUCAAGGGACUGUCUGGUUUAACUUUUACAAAGGUGCCGAAGCGGCGCAUUUCAUGAAUAAACUUGGAUACGAUGCUAUGGCCUUAGGAAAUCAUGAGUUUGACAAUGGAGUGGACGGCCUCGUGAAACCUUUCCUUCAGGAAGUGAACUGCACUGUUCUCAGCGCAAAUAUUAAAGCCGAUCAGACAAUUGCUCCUCGGAUCAGCAGCUACUAUUUCCCAUAUAAAAUCUUCAAUAUUAGUUCAGAGAAAGUAGGUGUUGUUGGCUACACAUCAGUGGAGACGCCUGCUUUGUCUAUACCAGGCCCCCAUCUCCAGUUUGAGGAUGAGGUUACUUCUUUACAGCCUCAAGUGGACAAACUCACUGCUUUAGGUGUUAAUAAGAUCAUUGCCCUUGGACAUUCUGGCUUCAAAGUGGACAAAAAGAUAGCAAAGAAAGUUCGGGGAGUGGAUGUUGUGAUUGGAGGGCACACCAAUACAUUCUUGUACACAGGAGAUCCACCAUCCAAAGAGGUUCCCGUAGGACCAUAUCCAUUGAUGGUUGAAUCUGAGGAUGGGCGUCAGGUUCCUGUGGUCCAGGCCUAUGCCUUUGGAAAAUAUCUGGGAUUCCUAAAAGUGAUUUUUGAUUCAAAUGGAAAUGUGGUGAAUUCUUCAGGGAACCCAAUUCUUCUGAAUAGCUCAGUAGCACCAGAUCCAGAUAUUCAGGCUGAAGUGGACACUUGGAAGAAGAAUCUGGCCAAUUACUCUUCUCAUUAUGUAGGACAGACUCUUGUCUAUAUCCCUUUUAAGGAAUGUCGAUUCCGUGAAUGUAAAUUGGGAAAUUUAAUCUGUGAUGCCAUGGUCCAUAAUAAUAUUAAAUAUGUGGAUGAAAUCCAGUGGAACCUUGUCAGCUCUUGUAUUCUGAACAGUGGAGCCAUUCGAUCAUCUAUUGAUGAGCGAAACGGAAAUGGUUCUAUCACAAUGGAGGACCUGAUCGCUGUGUUGCCAUUUGGAGGUACAUUUGACCUGGUCCAAAUGAAUGGAUCUACACUGCGAGAAGUCUUUGAGCACUCAGUCCGAAGAUAUGGAGAAAACACUGGAGAAUUCCUACAGGUGUCAGGUUUUCAGCUAUUGUAUGAUUUAUCAAAACCACCUGGAAACCGUGUUAAAAGUGUGAAUGUGCUCUGCACUGAGUGUCGAGUGCCCCGUUAUGAACCACUCAACCCCAAGAAGGUGUAUAAAGUGGUGCUGCCCUCUUACCUAGUGGACGGAGGAGAUGGAUACUCUAUGAUCAAAUACCAGAAACUCAAACAUGACAGUGGCAACCUGGAUAUAGAAGUUGUUGCCAGCUACAUCUCAGAGAAAAAGAGAGUUCAUCCAGUUUUGGAAGGACGUAUUCAAUUUUCCAGCUCUUGCAUUGGGCAUCGAGGAUACAUGUCCACCAUUCUGCUAGUGUGGGCUCUCUGGGUCAUGAUUGUAUAGCCAGUGAGAUUAUUUUUAAUGUACUUUUUAAUGUAACAACAUGUAGCCAUUUGUGUGUAAUUGUACAGUCAGAGAAAAAAAAGAAACCUUUAACCCAAAGAUUAGUUAAGUUCAUAGAAGUGAACAGCUCAGUUUAACUGACAGUUAACACUGUGAUCUAGUAAGGAUAAAAGAAAGUCACUUAUCUUGUUACACAAGUUCUUUUUACAGCAAUACAUAGAUCUUCUAUACAGGCAUUCGUGAGAUUCUUCUCUGGUAGGGUUAUUUAUUUUGUCAUGUUUCUUGAUGACAAUUACAUUUUAUUAGCACAACUUGUGACGAUUAUAGAUAGUGGUUUGUCUGGCAAGAAAUCACCACCUUCUUGAGUUGCUAUUCACGUUCCUAUAAAGCAUUUGUUUAAACCAGAGUAGAUCACAUAUUUUUAAAAAAUCAUUCAUUCUAAAACAAAUGACUAGGGACAAAAAAGCUGGAUAUAUUACAAUUUUAUUUACUGACAGCAAAGCCAGAACAUUUACAAAAAAGCCUUUUUAUUCUGCACACAGUUUUUCUUAACUGUAUGACACUAUGAAAUGUCUCAGUUAUAUUUUUGAAUGUUUUUUACUUGUUUCUGUAUUUUGUGUCUUUUUUAAUGUCUUAGGGGUACAAUCUAGAAUGUAAAAAUGGUUUAAAAUGGUCUGAUGGAUUUUCUCGUAUUGAUAAUGACAUUAUGUGGGUUGAAAGAAGUUGAUUUCUUAAUCCAAACUCCUGAUGUUGUAAUGCUGUUACAAUUUAAACAAAUGUGGAAAAAUAAGGCAGGGAUCCAAUGAUUCAAUGAAAUAAUCAUGACAUACAAGUCAAUAAAUAAUUGUAUUUUAGUAGUGCAAUAAAAUGCUUUAAAAUGUU